CGGUCUGAAGUGGGAGUUGUAAUGCGUGUUUAUGUGUUUGGAUGUAGUACCUUUCUUGUGCGCAGUUGACAUUGUGGGCCGGGUGUAAUGAGCGUAUGAGUAGUAAUGCACUUACCGCACCGUGUCAGGUUUAUCCCACUUACAGCACCUAUUAAACUCAUAAGCAAAGCCACAAAAUUUAGCUUUUACCUGAACACUGGAGUCAGGAGCUCCAUGAUGGAAGGACAGCAAACUGUCUCUUAUUUGGAACCAAACAAUGAUGAAGCAUCACACACAAAUUUAAACAUGGAAUGCGGUGACAAAGCAAUAAUUAAAGAUAGCAUUGGAUCUUUUACAAAGAGCGUGCAAAAUGAGUCUUUAUGUCAAUGCAAAGAGAAGCAUACCACAGAGUCUGAUAAUGAAGCAAUACUUGAAACUUUGCCUUGGUCGGGCUUGCACAGUUACACAAGGCAGGAUGAUUCUGCUGUGAAAGAAUGGGUGCUGCAUAAAGAGAAACCUUCAGAAGAGGACAGUUGGCAUCUCUUAGAUUUGGAGCAGUCCCUGCCACAACCUGCAAUGUACUCUGAGUUCCUGUGGAGAGACUGGGAAAACCUAUGCGAGACUGAGGACAUCAGCGAUAAACAGUUUGAUUUCAGUGUCCUUUCUUAUAACAUCCUAUCCCAGGAUCUUGCAGAUCAAAACCCAGAACUGUAUCAGCACUGUGACCCAUCCAUACUUCACUGGGAUUACCGAUGGCCAAACAUUCUGCAGGAGCUCCAGCACUGGGAGGCUGAUAUUAUCUGUCUUCAAGAGGUGCAACAAGAUCAUUAUAAAGAGCAUGUGGAGCCUAGCCUGUCUGCAAUAGGGUAUAGUUGUCACUUUAAACGUCGAACUGGCAGGAAAACUGAUGGCUGCUGCACAUGUUACAAGACUCAGCGUUUUAUGCUACUUAGUGAAAGUCAUGUUGAGUUUUUUCGGCCUGGUAUUGAUGUUCUGAAUCGUGACAAUGUAGGUCUGGUUCUUCUUUUAAAGCCUCUAUUACCAGAUGCACAACAAGGAAGGCACAAUCCCAUCCCACUGUGUGUGGCAAAUACCCACCUGCUGUACAACCCUCGCCGAGGGGACAUCAAGUUAGCACAAUUAGCUCUCUUGCUUGCAGAGGUGGAUAAGAUUUCUCUGACUGCCCAUGGCUCUCACUACCCUGUUAUUCUUUGUGGAGAUUUGAAUGCAACACCAGACUCCCCACUGUAUCACUUGUUGCGCUAUGGGUACCUGAACUACAGGGGUAUGCCAUCAUGGAAGGUCUCAGGACAAGAGCAAUACUGCACUCUCAGUAAUCCAAGAAUACUUCCUCCUCUCCUCUGGCCAGACUACUUGGGAGUCACUGAUAAUUGUCAGUAUGCAAAACUACACAAGCCAAAAAACCUAGAUAAGCCCAUAUACACCCGCCAACAACUCCUAGAGCUGCGCUACUGUGAAUGUGCCCUACAACGACCACCUCACCUUGUCUUCAUUAAGGGUGUGACUGACAACGAGCCAGAUGAUUUUGCUAAAGCUAGCCAUCCUGUUUCACCAACUAACUUCCCUGAAUCUCCGAGCACCUUCCUGAGGCUCCCCUUCACACUGAGGCACAGUCUGCACCUAAAAUCAGCAUACAGCCAUUUUCUACCAAGCAAAGGUUGCGCUGAGGUCACUACCUUACCCAUGGGAAUUGGCAGCACAGUGGAUUAUAUCUUUUAUUCUGUUGAGUCAUCAGCUCAGGGUAAAUCACGCCAAGUUAUCCCGGUUCAUCGGGACAGCCAACUAAAGCUACUUGGACAUUUGCGCCUUCUUUGUGAGGAUGAUCUUUGGGUGGCCCAAGGGCUGCCAAAUCCGUUCUGUUGCUCAGACCACCUCUGUUUACUAGCCCGUUUUAGCAUGGACUUAACUACCCCAUAAAUUAUAAAGUUAAAUCUGCUCUAUAUAACUUCACAACAGUGAAAAAUUAGUUGUAUUACCUAAACUAUGUGCAGUGUUAAAUUUUAGGUCCUGUUUAUGAAUAUAUUAAACUGGACUAUUUUUGGUCACAUUUUUCUGGUUCACUUACUUUUAAAAACACUAGUUCAACAUAAAUGUCUACAUUUGUGUUAUGAGCAUUCUGAAUAAUACAUACCUGUUAGUAAAUGUUACCAGAAUUAUUGGCCAACAUGUAAUUUGUUAUCUAGAGCAGUGUGUCAGAAGAUUCUUUUUUUUUUGUCAAAAUUAUUUAAAAAGUAUUUCGUUUGCAAAAGUGAUUAUAUGAAAAGGAUUUUUCACUAAAAUGAUACUAUUUUGUUUGCAUUCCUUUUAUCAUAAAUAACUUUGUCAAAGGCCAUGUUUUAAGUUAUAUAAAUAGACAAGUCCCUCUCCACCAAAAUGCGUCUUAAUAAAAUUCAGUUUGCUAUUAGCCUUUUAUAAUAGCCUUUUGUGUGGGUCAUUUUACAGUAUAUUUUUUUACUAGGUUGCUUUUAUUAGGGCAGACACAUAUAAAAACCAUUGUGUUUGUGAGUAUUGAUGUUUGUAAAGAUUAGUUUUCCACUGGUUCCUUCCAGUAAGAGCAUUUCUAAAAUGGAACAAAAACUGUGGAACCCGUCCAACAGAACACCACAAGAUCACAACAGCAAAAAACUGUCCAAAAAAGUGUUUCCUGUUAUUGAAAUAUAUGUAUUUUAUUUAAAUGCAAAUUAUUGAUUUUGUCAAAGUUGAGUAUAAUAAACUUAGUUUGCUAUAA